GAGAAAAAAUAAAAUAAAAGCCUUAUUAAAAAUCCGGGGGGAGUUCCGAGAGGCGAGCCGCGUUUCUCCCUAAUUGCAGGAAAAGGUGCAACGGCCGCCGUCCCUCAGCCGGCUGCGAUGCUGCCAGCCACCGCGCUGCCCUGGACGUUGUUUCUCCUCAGAGCCGCAGCAUCUCUACAAGUGGAUAUCGUUCCAAGCCAGGGGGAGAUCAGCGUUGGAGAAUCCAAAUUCUUCUUAUGUCAAGUGGCAGGGGAAGCCAAAUACAAAGACAUUUCCUGGUUUUCUCCUAAUGGCGAGAAGCUGACGCCCAACCAACAGCGCAUCUCAGUGGUGCGAAACGAUGACUUCUCCUCCACCCUCACCAUCUACAACGCCAACAUUGAUGAUGCUGGCAUCUAUAAAUGUGUUGUCAGCAGCGUGGAGGAGGGAGACUCCGAGGCCACCGUCAAUGUCAAAAUUUUUCAAAAGCUGAUGUUCAAGAACGCUCCCACUCCUCAGGAAUUCAAGGAAGGGGAUGAUGCUGUGAUUGUGUGUGAUGUGGUCAGCUCGCUGCCUCCUACCAUCAUUUGGAAACACAAAGGCAGGGAUGUUAUCCUAAAAAAAGAUGUUCGAUUUAUAGUCCUGUCCAACAACUACCUGCAGAUCCGGGGAAUCAAGAAAACAGAUGAAGGGACGUACCGCUGUGAGGGCCGGAUCUUGGCUCGUGGGGAGAUCAACUUCAAAGAUAUUCAGGUCAUCGUAAAUGUACCUCCUUCUGUGCGUGCCAGGCAGAGCACUAUGAACGCCACUGCCAACCUCAGCCAGUCUGUCACCUUAGCGUGUGAUGCUGAUGGCUUUCCUGAGCCAACCAUGACGUGGACAAAGGAUGGCGAGCCAAUAGAGCCGGAGGAUGAUGAAGAGAAAUACAGUUUUAACUAUGAUGGGUCCGAGCUAAUCAUCAAGAAGGUGGAUAAGAGUGACGAAGCAGAGUACAUCUGCAUCGCUGAGAACAAGGCUGGCGAGCAGGAUGCCACCAUUCAUCUCAAAGUCUUUGCAAAACCCAAAAUCACAUACGUGGAGAAUAAAACAGCUAUGGAGCUGGAGGAUCAGAUCACGCUGACCUGUGAGGCGUCGGGGGACCCAAUCCCUUCCAUCACUUGGAGAACUUCAACCCGGAACAUCAGCAAUGAAGAGAAGACCCUGGAUGGGCGCAUCGUAGUGCGGAGCCACGCCCGGGUGUCAUCCCUGACUCUGAAAGAAAUUCAGUACACAGAUGCCGGAGAGUAUGUAUGCACAGCCAGCAACACCAUCGGGCAGGACUCCCAAGCCAUGUACCUCGAAGUGCAGUAUGCCCCAAAGCUUCAGGGCCCUGUGGCUGUCUAUACGUGGGAAGGGAAUCAAGUGAAUAUCACCUGUGAGGUAUUUGCUUACCCCAGUGCUGUCAUCUCCUGGUUCCGGGAUGGGCAGCUGCUUCCCAGCUCAAACUACAGCAACAUCAAGAUCUACAACACUCCAUCAGCAAGCUACCUGGAGGUGACACCAGACUCUGAAAAUGACUUUGGAAACUACAACUGCACUGCUGUGAACCGCAUUGGCCAGGAGUCCUCAGAGUUCAUUCUUGUGCAGGCGGAUACUCCGUCCUCUCCUUCUAUUGACAGAGUGGAGCCGUACUCUAGUACUGCCCGGGUGGAGUUCGAUGAACCUGAAGCUACUGGUGGGGUGCCCAUCCUCAAGUACAAGGCAGAGUGGAGAGCACUGGGCGAGGGAGAAUGGCAUUCGAGGCUGUAUGAUGCAAAAGAAGCAAAUAUGGAGGGCAUGAUCACUAUCAGUGGCCUGAAGCCUGAGACAACCUACUCUGUGAGACUGUCUGCAGUGAAUGGCAAGGGUGUGGGUGAGAUCAGCCUGCCAUCCGACUUCAAGACGCAGCCAGUUCGGGAACCCAGUGCACCCAAACUGGAAGGUCAGAUGGGAGAAGAUGGAAACUCCAUUAAAGUGAAUGUUAUCAAGCAGGAUGAUGGUGGCUCUCCAAUUAGACAUUACCUGAUCAAAUACAAAGCCAAGCACUCCUCAGAAUGGAAACCAGAGAUCAGACUUCCUUCUGGCAGCGACCACGUCAUGCUCAAGUCUCUGGACUGGAAUGCAGAGUACGAGGUUUAUGUGAUAGCUGAAAACCAGCAAGGGAAGUCCAAACCAGCUCACUACGCUUUCCGAACGUCUGCUCAGCCCACUGUCAUCCCAGCCAGCACUAGCCCUACAUCAGGCCUUGGGACUGCUGCCAUUGUAGGCAUUCUCAUUGUUAUCUUUGUGCUGCUCCUGGUGGCUGUGGAUGUCACCUGCUACUUCCUGAACAAAUGUGGCCUGCUGAUGUGCAUUGCUGUCAACUUAUGUGGCAAGUCUGGACCAGGAGCCAAGGGCAAAGACAUGGAGGAGGGCAAAGCCGCCUUUUCGAAAGAUGAGUCCAAGGAGCCUAUCGUGGAAGUGCGGACUGAAGAGGAGCGGACCCCCAACCAUGACGGGGGAAAACACACAGAGCCCAACGAGACCACCCCACUGACAGAGCCAGAGCACACCGCCGAUACCGCAGCUACCGUUGAGGACAUGCUGCCUUCUGUAACUACGGGCACCACAAACUCUGACACUAUCACUGAAACUUUUGCCACUGCUCAGAACAGCCCCACCAGCGAGACCACCACACUGACCUCCAGUAUUGCCAUGCCAGCCGCGGCCAUUCCCGACUCCAACUCCAUGUCGCCUGGCCAGGCUACUCCAGCCAAAGGGGGAGCCGCCUCAGUCUCUUCACCACCGCCCUCCUCUACCCCCAAAGUGGCCCCCCUUGUCGAUCUCAGCGACACCCCGAGCUCUACUCCAGCUGCUAAUAAUUUGUCUUCAAGUGUCCUGUCCAACCAAGGCGCAGUGCUCAGCCCCAGCACUGUUGCUAAUGUGGCCGAGACCUCCAAAGCGGCAGCUGGUAACAAGUCGGCUGCCCCGACCCCUGCAAACCUCACUAGCCCUUCAGCUCCGUCAGAGCCCAAGCAGGAGGUCUCGAGCACCAAGAGCCCCGAGAAGGAAACUGUGCAGCCCAGCACAGUGAAGAGCCCAACAGAGACAACCAAGAACCCAAGCAAUGUGAAGAGCGAGGCUGCUUCAGGCAGCACCACAAACCCUUCCCAGAAUGAGGACUUUAAAAUGGACGAAGGGACCUUCAAGACACCAGACAUUGAUCUUGCAAAGGAUGUUUUUGCAGCUCUUGGCACUACUACUCCUGCCAGUGUGACUAGCGGGCAAGCUCGCGAGCUUGCUUCUUCCACUGCAGACAGCUCUGUACCUGCUGCACCUGCAAAGACCGAGAAAACCCCAGUAGAAGACAAAUCUGAAGUGCAAGCAACGGAAACUAAGACACCUCCAGCAGAAGUCAAGACGGUCCCAAACGAAGCCACACAAACAAAUGAAAAUGAGAGCAAAGCAUGAUCAGCGACAGAUGAAAAAAAUGACAGAACAACUUCACCCAAGCAUUUAAAACACGAAACACAACACACAUCUCAUUCCUCUAGUGUCUGUUGCCUUUUUUUAAAAAAAACAAAACAAAACAGAAAAUGCAUAAACGGGGGGGGGGUUCUCUCUUUUUCUUUUUUUUUUUCUUUUUUUCUUUUUUUUAAAAAGAUUUUUAGAAAGGUUCUAUUUGUUGUGCACUUGCUUUUAAAAAGUAAUACAUUUUAAAAACAGGGUUAAACCCACAACCAAACCGGGGCUUAGCUGACCCUGUAUAUUCAAAUAGGCAAAAUUGCAAAUACCAGUUACAACAUCGUUGAGGAGCUCAAAAUCAACUAGUCUUAGGCAAAGAAAAAAAAAGAAAGAAAGAAAAAAAGACCCUGUUCUUUCCUUGGUUAGUAUACUAGAUAUAACCACUGUACUGCUUGACUACUUGGUACAGAUGGUCCUUAAUGAACAAAGUCCACAAUUUAUUUUUAUACUUUUCAGUCGAGUUUGAAAUAUGUAAAGCCUCAUAAAUAAGUUAUAAUUUCUGUUCACCUUGUAUUUGUUCAGUAUGCAAAGUGUCUUGAGCUCUUUGUGGCUGAAUUCUGUUCUCCACAUUAGACAUUUAUUUGGGGGGUUAUUAUUUUUUUUUAGGAAGAAUGCCAAAAUUGCAGCUUCGGGGGAUAUAUUUCAAUUUGCAGUAUUCAGACUCUACAUUUCUUUAAAUUUUAUGUUAAUUUUUGCCAACUUUUGUUCUUUCCAGUGUUUACAAUUGACAAAUAUUUUUUUUAACUUUUGUUGUGUUUAAAUGUAUGUGUAAAAUAGCUGCCUUUUUUUUUUUUUAAGUGAAUCCAGUCUAUAGAUACUAGGUUAGCAGCAUGCUUGCUUUGCAAAGGGAGACAUUUUUAAAUAUCGAUGUUUACAGUAGUUUCCCCU